AUGGAUUGCUCAAGGCCAAAGUUUGCGCUCUCGAAUAACGAGGAGAGAGGCGCGUUGUCCUCCGGUGUGGGUGGUACUCCCAUCAUGGACGUGGAAUUCUGCAACAACGUGUUGGUUGUCGCGGUGAAAAAUCACAGUGAUCGUAAUUCCAAGCCACCACAAGAGGCACUGAUGACUGUCGUCAACCCACCUGAAUAUGAAUCCGAUUCGGAUGUUCUAUGCGGUACCUUGAUGGACUUUCAUCGACGUUUAGGACACCUUUGUUUCGACACGAUCGUCAAGAUGGCGAACGAUCCGGCAUCAGGCAUACGACUGACUGAUACGACACGUCAAAAGUGUCUGGCCUGUGCCAAGGGAAAACAGACCAAGGGAGCCCAGUCGAUGAGAGAUACAGGCGCGAAUUCGCCAAUCGACGCGAUCGGGGGCGUCAUCUGUUCGGACCUCAAGGGUCCCAUGACCCCCCGAGACCGUUUGGGAAAUCGGUACAUGGUCAACUUCAUCGACCACCGUUCGAGUUACUGUCGAAUAUUUUUGGCCAAGUCGAAGGAUGCAGCCGCGUCAAAGUUCAAGCUCUUCAUGGCAAACUUCGAGCGCGAGUUCAAUUGCAAGAUUCACGUCUUACGCACAGAUGGUGGUGGUGAAUACAAGACGCUCGAUAUUUUCUGCUCUUCGGAAGGCGUCUUGCGUCAAGUAAGCAAGGCGAAAAACCAAGCAAGCAACGGCAAGGCUGAACGGAUGCACCGCACCGUCAUGAACAUGGUGCGGAGUAUGAUCUUUGCAUCAAACCUGCCGCUCUCAUUUUGGGGUGAUGCUGCAGAGUACGCCUCGUACAUACUGAAUCGAAGCAAAACCAAGUCCAACCCCGGAUGUGCAUCGCCCUUGGAGAUCCUGACAGGCAAGGCUCCCGUGCUGACAGACAUUGUGGCCUUUGGUUCAACAUGCACUGCGCACAGAGACCCCAAGAACAAAUCACUCGGUGAACGAGGCAAGGCGGGCAUCGUCAUUGGGCGAGGCAGCGAAACGAAGGGAUACAAGGAUGACCAGGAUGAGAAAAAGACCUGUCCAGACACGGCACGACGUCAUAAGGAGCCAGGCUCUGAUCAUCAGGCGGAUGGAGAAGAUCGGCAAGAUGGUGUGAAACGUGCGAAGCAGGUCAGAAAAGGUCGAAAGUCGACAUGGACCAGAGAGCGACAUGGGACAAGAUCGACAACAUCAAGUCAACCAAAGGUGGUUGAAGUGGACACCUCGGUGGACGGUUGCGACAUCGUGAACACGAUCGUCGAGCAAGACCCGAAGCACUAUGGUGAAGCAAUGAAGAGUGGACAACGCGACCAAUGGCAGGUAGCCAUGACCGAAGAAUUGGACGCAAUCGAGGCGAACGACGUCUGGAAGAUCGUAGUGCCACCAAGAAAUUCACACGUGUUGCACAACAAGUGGGUCUACAAAACAAAGACCGACGCGAACGGAGAUAUCGAGCGAUACAAGGCUCGACUAGUGGUUUGCGGAAACGAACAAGUCUUCGGCAUCGACUACAACCUCACGUUUGCGGCCGUCAUGGACUUAGUGACCGUCAAGCUAAUCCUGGUGCUCUCCAAGCGAUGGAACGUUCCCGCACGUCAUGGGGAUGUUCCGAACGCCUACGUUAAGGCAGAAAAGGAGGAGCAUCUGGAUAUCUUCAUGAAGGUUCCAAAAGGCAUGCAAAUCACUAGGGAGGAACUUCAAAGUUUCGGUGUGGAAUCUCCUGGUGAGGUCGCGCUGCUGUUGAAGAAAUCGUUGUACGGACUAAAGCAAGCGGGACGACUCUGGAGCAAGCUCUUACACUCCAAGCUGACCGAGAAUGGCUACAAGCAGUGCACGACGGACAUAUGUCGAUACUACAAGCACCAAGGCCAAGAAUGGACCAUCGUCGGAGUAUACGUGGACGAUCUUCUGGUCACGGGAACCAAACAGUGCGCGGUUGAUGAGUUCUUUGCGGGCAUGGAGACACUGUCGAUCAAGGAUCUCGGCGUCGUUCAGAAGUUUCUGGGACUCAGGAUCUCUUUGGAUGACACUCAAGGAUACAUUCUGGACCAAGAGGUCAUGAUCGACGUGUUGCUCAGGGAUUUCAAGUUGGAGUCAGCGAACGGUGUGCGAACGCCAAUCGGAGAUGAAUGCAAUGAUGAUAACAAGGAUGAUGUGGACUAUCUACCCGCGAGAGGUGCAAGCGGUGAGUCAAGUUUGAGUGCUUUUCAAUCCUUGGUCGGGAGUUUGCUAUGGAUCGCAAGAUGCACGCGGCCCGACAUAUGUUUUGCAGUGCAUAAGGCAACUCGUCAAACACACAAGCCAACCACCAAGGACUGGAAGAUUGCGAAACGCAUUGCAAGAUACUUGAAGGCGACAAAGAACUUGAGGUUGCACCUGAACGGCAACGGACCGACUCAACAAAAUGUCAAGAUUGAGUGCUGGAGCGAUGCAGACUUCGCCGCGGAUAAGGCGGACCGUAAGUCAGUGUCUGGAUACGUACUAACUUUGGACGGUUCUGUUGUGUUUUGGUCGUGCAAGAAGCAUUCAGGUGUGUCGCUGAGCACUAUGGAGGCGGAGUUCAUAUCCUCAUCCCAGGCAGGACGCGAACUGCUGGGUGUGAGGGAACUACUGCUGGAUCUAAAGCUGCAGGUAUGCAUGCCGAUGCCUAUGUGGGUGGAUAAUCAAGCGGCGAUCAAGCAACUCGAGGCAGAGAAGAGCACAAAGAGCGCGAAGCACGUGGACAUCAGGUUUAAAUUCAUCUGCCACUACGCGCGUGAAGGAAUUGUGGUGCCCAAGUACGUCAAGACUGAGAGCAUGAUGGCGGACAUUCUGACGAAGUCUUUGCCAGCGCCGAGAAUGGAGGAGCUACGCAAAAUGUUCAACUUGAGGACGAUUCAGGCUGAAGUCGAGGAGGAGUGUUAG